GGUGGGAAUAAGAAAAAAAAAAAAAGUUUUUGUUUGUUUCGGCGCCGGUUUCAUUCUCUAUUCUGGGUGUGUGGGAUUUAACUUGGAAUUGAAAAUUUUUGUGGAUUUUGUUCACUUCAGGACUGCGUUUUCUUCACCCAUGAAGAGAGUAAUGCCGUGGAGUGAUGAGGUUGAUCUUAUCUCUUCUGAUGAAUCUUCUUCAGAAGCAGAGGUGGAUGACAAUGAUGGAACCAGUAAUUCGCCUACUGAGCAACCACCCCAAGAAUUGUCCCCUCAAGGACGGGAAGCAAAAACACUAAUGGCAAUGGGUGCUUUAGCUGUAUAAUUGGCUUCUUCUACAGUAACUGGCUGAAGCAACAGAUUACCAAUCUUGUUCUUGUCUGCUUAAUGAUGUAGUAUUCACUAGCAAUGUAAUAUGUGUUGAAUUAUACAAUUAGAAUUAAUUAGUAGUAUUCUU